AUGCCUCGCGAGAAGAAGAAAAGAGGCCGUCGGGCAGAGAAGUCCCAAUCUAAGCGAAAACGGGAAGACGAAGACGUGCUCGAUUCACCCAAACGGCAGCGUACUGCAGACGAACAGAACGAAACGACAACGGGGGACGAUUAUAUUCCGCUCGAUAUCCACGGCCACGGAGGGGAACAAAUACAAGAGCGGGUGGAUGAUACGCCAUUUUACGGGCUUCUCGAUACUGAGGAGCAGGAGUAUUUCUCAAAAGCGAGUCAGACCCUGGAACUCAACUCAUUCGAAGACGAUGAUGAUAAACGACUGUUUAUUGAAAAUGUUUAUGCAGAAGCUAGUGGGAAAGAAUUAAAGAUUGCUUGCAGCCAAUCUUGCUCGAGGCUCAUGGAAAAAUUGAUUGCAAUGUCCACUUCAACCCAGGUGAAGUCUCUAUUCGAAAAAUUUUCUGGCCAUUUCCUACACCUGGUUCAACACCGUUUUGCGAGCCAUUGCUGUGAAUGUCUAUUCAUACGAGCUGCGCCAAUGGUCACAUCUGAGAUGGAGAAUCCAAAGAAUAAAAAGAAGAGAGACAGGUUGACCACAAACGAAAGUAAUAGGGAUAUGGAACAAGACGAGUCUUUAAACCAAAAACCCGCCGUGGAAUUGUUCUUGGGAGUGAUUUCGGAACUGCAAGGAAAUUGGGGAUAUCUUCUCACUGAGCCUUUUGCGUCACACACGAUAAGACUUUUGCUACUUAUAUUAGCUGGGGAGCCACUUGCAGAUCAAUCCAAUGCGAGGGUAUUGGCGAGUCGAAAAAAAGAAAAUGUGGGUUCUAUAACGGCGACCACUCAAUCGGAAUUGUCGAUACGUGAAAGCAGACAGGUCCCUACCGAGUUCAAUGAUACCCUAAGGCGGAUGAUAGUAGAUCUGAGUGCAGGUUUAAAUUCCACCUAUCUUCAGGCACUUGCUACCCAUCCUGUCGGAAGCCCUGUGCUACAAGUCAUCCUAUCAAUAGAGCUUGGGUGUAUGGGAAAAGAAAAAAUAAAGGACAAAAACUCCGUUUUCCGCAGGCUUAUACCGGAUGAUACCCUUGAAACCAAAGAUGAAGGCUUGAACUUCUUAAACAGCCUGUUCUAUGAUCCAGUUGGAUCUCGUCUGCUAGAAACAAUUGUCCGAGUUGCACCCGGAAAAUUCUUCAAAACAUUUUACAAGGUAAUAAUUCGUGAAAGAAUUGGCUCCUUGGCACGAAAUGAAAUAGCUUCUUAUGUGGUCAUUAAAGUGUUGGAGAGAGUGAGCAAGGAAGAUCUCCAAUCAGCUAUUGAAAGCAUACUUCCCGAAGUACCUUCAUUAAUUCAGCGGUCGCGACUCAACGUUAUCAAAACAAUAAUAGACCGCUCCAUAGUCCGGGGUGCCGAUACUGCCUCCCUAGCAAAGGCACUUGAAUCAGCUUAUGGUGAUGAUGGCGUUGCGCGCCUUAAAACGAUCCUAGGGGUUGACGCGGACGACCCGGUAGCUGAGGAAGCCAUGAAACCAAAGUCUGGAGUUUCCGCCCAACAUCUCCAUGGAUCGCUACUAGCACAAUCCAUGUUACAAGCAUCCGGAAGUCUCGCAAAUAUGAUCCAAUCCAGCUUUCUUGCAGCACCAAAUGAGACUAUAAUGCAGAUUGCAAAGAACCCAACAGCAUCUCGCGCUCUCCAGGAGGCUCUAAAAUGUUCCAGAUCAAACACUCAUUUUCGCCGACAAUUCUUACCUCGCUUUUACGGACAGAUGUGUGAAUUGUCUUUGGAUAGCAGUGGCUCUCACGUGGCUGACGCUCUUUGGGACGCGACAACAGACCUGAUAUUUAUCAAGCAAAGGUUGGCACAAGAGCUGGCGACUAGCGAAUCGACCCUACGUGAUUCAUUCUUAGGAAGAGCAGUCUGGAGGAAUUGGUCAAUGGAUUUGUACAAGAAGAAACGGGGAGAAUGGAUGUCUAAAGCAAAGGGCCGAGAUAGCUCUGUCUCAGCUUCAACUGCCGAUUCGAGCGCCGGGCCGGCGAAGAGCAAGCUGGACCUAGCCAGGGCACGAUAUGCGGCAGCAGCCGAGCAAAAGGAGAAGCCAGACAGCAGGGAACAAGGCCAUCGCGGUAAGAAGCAGGUCAUGUCGGCGCCGAGCAGCCUUCUGAAAGCGCAAAUGGAGCGUCCAGAAGAAGUGCGGAAAGUCUUGAAUUCGGUCCAGGAACGUGUUGUUGGAUUUGUUGAACAAGCGGACCGCGCAUCCCUGGUACCAGGACAAAAGGACAAUGAAUCUCAGCCCAAGAUAUUGGACUUCAAGAAGCCAGAAGAGCUCAAAGAGGUAUUCAAGGAAGGUUUAACAACUUCGGGGCAGGGCCACGACGGUCUUGUUCGGAUUGUAGAUGAUCUUCUAAAAUAUUCCGUCAAUACCUGGCAGCAAGGAUUUCUGGACAAGCUCUACUCGUCACCUAACGCUCCGGGCCUGGCGGCAGAAUUGCUCCUCGGGGCAUUAAAUGCCAACGUGCACGUCUACCAGUCAGCCCCAGCAUUGACGGUGGUCGAAAAACUUACGACACGGCGAUUUGCAGAACUUUUCGGCCUCACCGGACCUAAUGCAGGUGGAAUAUCUGUUCAGGGAGGGUCUGCUUCCAACACCACGGCGAUUGUCGUAGCAAGGAACACUUUAUUUCCGGAUACCAAAAAGAAUGGAACAGGCGAUCACCGAUUUGUUUUAUUCACGAGCGCUCAUGGACAUUAUAGCAUCGAAAAAGCUGCACAAAUGAUCGGUCUAGGAAGCAAUGCUGUUUGCAGUGUACCCGUCGACCGCGAGGGACGAAUGAUUCCGCAGAUGCUUGAUGAAGAGAUCCAAAAAGCAAAGGAUGCUGGUAAAACACCACUUUUUGUCAAUGCCACCGCUGGGACAACGGUUCUAGGGACAUUUGAUCCUUUUUCAGAGAUUGCAGAAAUUUGCCGCAAGCAUAAACUCUGGUUCCACAUCGAUGGAGCCUGGGGUGGUGCUUUUAUCUUUUCCAACCGCCAGAAACAUAAGCUUGAAGGUUCCCAUUUGGCUGACAGUAUUGCCAUAAACCCUCACAAGAUGCUUGGAGUGCCAUUGACUUGUUCUUUUCUUCUCGGUGCGGACAUGACACAGUUCCAUGGCUCGAACACUCUUCCGGCGGGAUACCUAUUCCAUAACGAUGUGUCUGAUGGCUCUGAAGUAUGGGACUUGGGGGAUCUGACUCUACAAUGCGGGCGCCGAGGUGACGCCCUGAAAAUGUUCCUCAACUGGAAUUACAUUGGCUCGGCGGGCUAUGAAGAGCGAAUUGAUUCCGCUAGUGACGUUGCCGUGCACCUUUGCAACCUUAUUUCGGAAUCUCCGGACUUAAUUCUCCUCAGUGAAAACCCACCGCCAUGCUUUCAAAUAUGCUUCUUCUAUGCACCCUUCAAACAGAUGGUACAUGGUUCAGGCAAGCUGGUAGAUGGACGCACACUUGAUGAAGCUGAGCGAGGAAAGCUCAAUGGAGAGAUCACUUCGAUGAUUGCUGAUGACUUGAUCCAGCAAGGAUUCAUGGUUGAUUAUGCUCCACCAGCCGCAGCACAAGUCGAAGGAGAUGGGAAAUAUCUCCGAUGUGUUGUGAACCUUCACACAAAGAAAGAGACAGUUGAACGUCUUGUUGAGCCCCUGGUCAACGACCAAAAAACCCUCUAG